AUGGUCGUGAGCGGGAGGCGGUCUCUUGUUUGUUGGGGCUUGUAUUUGUGUGUUUGCGGGGACUUAGGGGUUUGUGGGGGCGAAACCGAACGGGCCAUGGCAGCAGCGGAGGAGGAGGAUGGGGGCCCCGAAGGGCCAAACUGCGAGCGGGGCGGGGCGGGCGCCACCUUCGAAUGUAAUAUAUGUCUGGAGACGGCUCGGGAGGCUGUGAUCAGUAUGUGUGGCCACCUGUACUGUUGGCCCUGUCUUCAUCAGUGGCUGGAGACGCGGCCAGAGCGGCAGGAGUGCCCAGUGUGUAAAGCUGGCAUCAGCAGAGAGAAGGUGGUCCCCCUUUAUGGGCGGGGGAGCCAGAAGCCCCAGGAUCCCAGGUUGAAAACGCCCCCCCGCCCCCAGGGCCGGCGACCAGCUCCGGAGAGCAGAGGGGGCUUCCAGCCGUUCGGCGAUCCCGGGGCCUUUCACUUCUCGUUCGGUGUGGGCGCCUUUCCCUUCGGAUUUUUCACCACUGUCUUCAACGCCCACGAGCCAUUCCGCCGUGGCGCAGGUGCGGAUCUGGGACAGGGCCACCCGGCCUCCAGCUGGCAGGACUCUCUCUUCCUGUUUCUCGCCAUUUUCUUCUUUUUCUGGCUGCUCAGUAUUUGA